AUGGAGAUAAAAGGUGGUGCCUCACGUGACAUCACAGUCGCAGUGUUUUACUGUCUAAGAAUAGUUGGGAUGGCCCCGGUCUCGAUCAAACAUUUACAAGAUGGCUACCGUUUUGCGUUCAAGCGCAUCUACUCUGUUUACGGAAUCAUUUUGAUUUCCAGUUUGAAUAUAGGGCACAUUUGUAUCGCUGGGUACGAUGUCAUAAAUGGACUGAAGAAGGAACCGACCAUUUUAGGCAAUAAUACCGUUCUUGUGACGUUGCUUUGGCUUUUCGAUGUAGUUACCUCGGUUAUGAUUACUCAGAUUGUGAUACUAAGAGGCAUGAAACAAACGCAAAAUAUCAUUGAAUGUUGUAAGAAGUUUGAUGAGAUAAAAGGGAAAGUUCAAAUACCCCGUUACACCAGCAUCGGUUAUAAAGUUUUUCUUGUUCUAUUCUUUCUUUCUCAAAUCGGUUUAGACGCAUUGUAUACGGUCGGUUUAACAGAUACAUAUCAAGGGGAAGAUUAUACAUUACAGACUCUAUUAUAUUGCCUUACUUUCUCUGCUGUAACUAAAUACGUGAUAGUAUGUCUCCUGCAAAUUCAAAUGUUUGCGAGUUAUCUGGAAGUCGCGUUACACGUAAAAUACGUCAGAGAAGAAUUACAGGAGCUCAAUGACACAUUGACUUUAGAUGACUCCGACUCGUCUUUUUACGUCCAUUCUGUAAACAACAGACUGAAGCACAUCGGAGAAACGUUUGAAUCGACAAAAAAUAUAUUUUCCGAAAUGAAUGAAAGCAGUCCAGGCGUGCAUGCUCUCAUUUUGUUAAAUUUGUCUUUUAGACUCGUUAUCAAUUUACAUGGGAUCUCUGGAUUUUUGAUAAACCCCGAAACAAACUUUGACCCAUCUUUGCAAGAUGAAAUCCCAAUGUGGAUAUUUGUUUGCGAUGCGACACAUAUUAUCGUUGGUAUAAUGUUGAUGACACAGCCUUACGCAAAUAUGGAAUGUGAGUUACGCAUCGUAAAACUACUGCUCGGCUCUAUAAUGACUAUGAAGAAUUACGUUUACAACGUUUUCCCUUACGUGGAUAUGUUUUAUAGAGAUUUGAUCUCCUUUGAUUUUACAUACUCCCCGCUUGGAGUGGUUACUAUGCAACGGUCAAUCGUUGUACAGGUUAUUGGCGUUGGAAUAACUAUUAUUGCAGCAAUAGUACAAUUCCAAAAGAAGAAAUAG